UUUAAAUUUUAGAUAUAAAAUAAAUAAAUAAAAUUAUAUAUAUUAAACGUGUCCCCAACGUGUCGUGUCCCAUAUUUUUUGAAAAUUUGCGUAUUUACGUGUCCGUGUCGUGUCCCGUGUCCAUGUCCGUGCAUCAUAGAGCGUUAUCAUUCGAUUUGAAAUUCGAAUAGCGUUACCAUUCAAUUUGAAAUUCAAAUGGAAUAUGAGGCACUCUUAUCACAUGGAUGAUCCUCUAUAAAUAUUAUAUGAGGACCAUGACACGAGGGGGGAUCGAAAAUCAAAAGUCAGAGAGUCAAAGGUUAGAGAGAGAGAGAGAGAGAGAGAGAGAGAAAUCAGGUGUUAAAGAAGUCUUCACAAGAAAAAAGAGGAGAAACCCAAAGAACUCAAGAGUUUACGCUACAAAUGCAUAAUGACGAUAAACAGGUAAAGGGUUCUAAGCCCAAGAAAUGUACUUUGUAUUUAACAGUUUAAAACCCACAACAACUACAAAAAAAUAUUUCCAUUCCUUAUAUUAUUUUUUGUUAAUUUUCUUGUUUUUCAUUAAUAGGAGGUUUCAUUUAAAUAAAGUGUGUAAUUAACAAUCUGGAAUGCAAGAGCCUCUACUGAAAACAUGGCCAUCAUCAGGGCCAUUUGGAAGGAGGGUAAUGACCUAAACUCCUGUUGAUGGAAAAACAACCGCCUUUGUUGAUAAAAAAAACAACUGCGGCCUACGAACCGAUAGUUUUGUUCAAGGCACAAAGUUUGCCUCCAAAACCAGAGGUGAAGGCAAAGCCUGUUGUUGAGGAGGUGAAAGAUGAAACUACUGAAGCUACAGAUGCACCGGCUGAUCCUGCCCCAGCAGAACAGGCUCUAGAGGUGAAGACAGAGGCAGCUGAAGCAACGGAUGUUGUAACAAUGGUGAUGAUCAAAGCUGUCAAAGCUCGCCAGAUCUUCGACAGCCGUGGAAAUCCAACCGUCGAAGUUGAUGUCAUUUGUAAUGAUGGACCUUUUGCUAGGGCUGCUGUUCCUAGUGGUGCUUCCACAGGUGUUUAUGAAGCUUUGGAAUUGAGAGAUGGGGGUUCAGAUUAUCUCGGAAAAGGUGUCCUCAAGGCUGUGAAUAAUGUGAAUUCAAUCAUCGGACCUGCAUUGAUUGGCAAGGAACCAACAGAACAGACCAAAAUCGACAACUUCAUGGUGCAAGAACUCGAUGGGACAGUUAAUGAAUGGGGCUGGUGCAAAUGCUAUAUUGGCAGUUUCACUUGCUGUAUGUAAAGCAGGAGCUAUGAAGUGUUGUUGAAGAAUCUGCCAUGAAAGAAGAAAUCGAGGAAAUUUGGGUUUGUCCGGCGGGCGGCCAAGGCGAGAUUGCUGCCCGCCGGUGAAACGAAAUUACUAGGUUCUUAACCAACAACUGUCACAACAUUGUCUGCUACAACGGUCCGACAUGACCCCAUAAACUGUCUUCUACAACGGUCCGACAU